UUUGAAAUAUUACUCAAUAUUUAUUUUUGAACCUGUUUGUAUAAAAAAUGCUAAGAUAUUUACUAGUCCUCCUAGUGGUGCAAUGGUGUCAAACUCUCGGGUUUGGAACGGAUUACUGUCGCAAGGACAUUUGCCCCGGCAAUUCAACUCAUGUAGCCUGCCAGGCCCCGAAACAAUUUGGGCCAUCAUGCUUCAACAAGAAGCCGAAAGUCAUCCGAAUGAGAAAAACGAUGAAAAAAGUACUGCUCCAGGAGCACAAUCGGUUGCGGUCAUUGGUUGCCGAGGGAAAGUUGACCGGGUUUCCUCCAGCCAGCCGGAUGCCCACCUUGGUUUGGGACGUGGAGCUACAGCACAUUGCCGGAUGCAACACACGAUUGUGCCGAUUCGAACAUGAUUCUUGCCGUAAUACGAAUGUUUUCCGAUACGCCGGUCAGAAUCUGGCGAUGCGAACAUCGAGAGGGCCACUCCAGAUUCCGGUUCCGGUUAACAGAAUGCUGCGAGACUUUGUUCGGUCCUGGUUUGCCGAACAUAAAGCAACGAGGCCGGCCAUGAUUGAUGCCUACCCGGAGAACUAUGACGGCCCGGACAUAGGUCACUUUACGCAGCUGGUCAGCGAUCGGACUUGGAAGAUGGGAUGUGCGCUGGUGAGAUUUAACGAUGCUGGCUCUAUUCGGUACUAUCUGGUGUGCAAUUAUUCUUUCAUCAAUAUCAUUGGCCAGCCGGUCUACAGGAAGGGGCCUUCUUGUUCGAGAUGUCAACGGAAAUGCAACAAAAAAUAUCCCGGUUUGUGCAAAAUAAGCGAAAAGGUACUGUCGGUGCCAUAGA